UCCAGUUCAGAUGUGGAGACGCAGUUUGUCCUCCAGGCAUGGACUGCAUCCAGACCGAUGGCAAUGCCAGAUGUGCCGAUCCCUGUGAGCACUACUCUGUAGUGGAUGAUGACUGGCGUUCAACAAACAAUACUUCAACAGAUAUUCACUGUGAUCGAGACAUUGAGUGGCGAGGCUGGUAUCGAAUGUUUUUGGAACAAAAAAGUGCUCAGAUUCCAGAGAGGUGCAUCGCUGAGAGAAGGUGUGGGACACAUGCUCCGUUGUGGAUCACAGAAUCUCAUCCAGGGGUGUUAGAUGGAAUUGUAAGUCGUACUGUAUGCUCUGCCUGGAGUGGCUCCUGCUGUUAUUUUAGCACAAACACGGUCUAUGUCAAACUCUGCCAUGGAAACUACUAUGUCUACAAACUAGCAAAGCCAUCAACAUGCAGUCUUGCAUAUUGUGCAGAAGUCAAAGAGCUGCCUGUUCAACUUACUUGUGGCCGAGAUAAACUCCAAGUAGGACUGGAUCUCAAUAGCAUGCAGUCCUUUGGUUUGGAUCCAUUCUCUGGACACUUUGCUGCUCGCAACUGCUCAAGGUUCAGAGUUCACGGGGAUGUCGUGUGGUACGAGGUGGAGGCUCGAGCCGGCGCCUGUGGAAAUAUAAUGACGACCAACGGUACACAUGCCACCUUUGGCAACAAUUUAUUCCUCUACUCAUCAAACAAUGAAUCCUUCCUGCUCCCCAAGAGAUUUCCGUUCUCCUGUUCGUAUCCCUUGGAAACUGACACCAGUCUGAAUGUGGCUGUGAGACCAACUUUAGAGUGGGAACGAGGUAUUUCAGGUACAGGUGUAAAGGCCACAGCCUCCAUGUCUCUGUUCCUGGACUCCAGCUACAACGACACUUACCCAGCAGGCCAGGUCACCCUGCCAGUGGGCUCGCCGUUGUACGUCGGCAUCUCUGUGGAGGAAAUGGACUCAAACUUGGCGGUUGUUCUGGAGAACUGCUUUGCCACUCACACGUCAAACCCUGAAGACCCGGUACGAUACCCCCUCAUUGAGAACAGAUGCUCCACGGAUCGCCGUCAGGUGUCAGUGGUUCAGAGCGGCUCGUCCCUCCAGGCUCGUUUCACUGCUCUGCUGUUCCUGCUGGGGGAAGAAUAUCGAGAAAUUUAUCUUCACUGUAGCCUGAGCCUGUGUGACCAGAGACGCUCCAACUGUGUCCCGGUUUGUCAUAGCAGAAAGUUGCGUUCUGUUUCAAACUCUGCUGCAUUGAAGCCCAUCACCACUGGACCAAUAGUCUGGACCAAAUGAAGAAAUUCAUCACUUCUCAUUACAUCACUUCUGUAAUGUAAUGAGGUUAGUUGAAAUAAGGAAAAUGUGGCAUUUAAUUGACCUGAGUUUUCUGAUCUGUUACUGAAAUUAAACUGAAAUGAAGUAUA